UCUGGAAAUCUGUCAACACGCCCCACGCAAGGCGUCUAAUCGUUUGACAGUUUGAUGACGCCGACAUUAUCGUUGACACUUUCGACAAAAACUAGGAAAAGAUGAUGCAACAAUACAUGAAGGAGCUGGAGCAGGAGCCGUUCGAUCCCGAGGAAUUUGUAGAGCGUCUGGCUUGGCGAACCGUUAACGACACGUUCAAAGACGGUGGAGACAGAAGUUCCUUUGACCCGGUCCUGGUUCACGAGACGUUUCUGCAGGCAAUUAAGGACUUGAGGGUACUACAAGAGCGACAACAGAAAAAAUGUGACAGGCUGGAGGCGGCGUGCAAGGAGGAGGAAACCAGGCAUGCCCUGGAGAUCCUCGAACUCCAGGAGAAGAAUAAAUAUGCCAUGAAGUUGUUCCAUCAGCUCGAUGAGAGGAUUAACUUUGUUGCCACCAAGGUGCUGCAUCUGGGUGACCAGCUCGAGAGCGUCAACACUCCGAGAGCUCGUGCGGUCGAAGCGCAGAAGCUGAUGAGACACUUUGCCGAGUUUCUGAGCCCCGGGCCUCUAACGGACCCAGUUUUCACAGACAAAUCGUCGCUUGACGAGGCUGCGGAUGUGAUACAAAAGUUACAUUUGAUCGCGCAAGAGCUUCCAUCUGACAAGUUUGACAGCGCCAAAAAGAAGAUCAGCGCCAAGUAUGAUGAGAUUGAGCGUAGCUUGAUAGAGGAGUUUGCUAGGGCUCACAGCGGGGAAGACGCUACACGGAUGAAGGAGCUUGCCGCGAUCCUGUCCCACUUCAAGGGCUAUUCGCAGUGCGUCGACGCGUUCAUCGAGCACAGCCAAAUGGGUUCGUUCGGCGGCAAGGAUGUCUUUCAAGAUGUUAUUCCAAUGUGCACUAAGAACUACAAGCUGAUGCAGCAGGUAUUUGCCAACCCGACUCAAGUCAUGGCCAAAUUUGUCCUCAACAUUUACCACCUCAGGCUGCAAAAGUACGUUGUGGCGAAGCUCGCCGAUCGCACGGACUCCGACAAGUAUCUGAAGAAUCUUUACGACCUCUACUCAAAGACGAUUAAACUAUCCAACGACCUGAAGCGGUUUGAUAUGGGAACAGACGAGGCUUACCUCGCUAAACUCACCAGGAAUAUCUUUCAGAAACAUCUUGAUUCCUAUAUAAGUAUCGAGACUAAAUCUCUGCGAGAGAAAUCUGCGUCCCUGCUGAUCAAGUACUACGAGUCUAAGAAUCAUCAGAAAAAGCAGCUGCAAACUGGUGGCUUUCAGGAACUAAGGAGAGACUUACAGGCUGUACUAGGCACUAGAACAAACAUCAAUAUAGCUCAGAUUGAAGAUUACGGCGGGGAGACCUUCCUCUCCGAGGAAUUGGCCAUCGCUCUGCUUCAGGAGAGCAAACUGGCUUUUCAACGGUGUGAGAUCCUCUCACAAUCGAGCGACCUACCUGUAAACGCUCUGCAGAUACUAGAAAUCUUGCUACAGUAUCUGACCAGCGAACACGUGGACUAUGCUCUGGAAUUGGGACUCCAAAGUGUCCCCAUACCCGAGAGCGGAUCUCAACCUGAAAUCCACUUUUUCAACGUAGUCAGACGGUGCAACGCCAUCAUUCAUCUACUCGAAAAGCAAUUCAACGACAGCCUCGUGCCACUAGUCAUAUCAACGUCGAAGCACGGGGACUGCUUGGCCAAGAAGAAAGCUGUCUUGGAGCAGCUGGAGUUGAAACUGGACACGGGUUUGGACAGAAGUAUAAACGCGAUAGUUGGCUGGGUGAAAAUUUACUUGCAGAAUGAGCAGCGCAAGACGGACUUCAAGCCGGAGUCUGACGUUGACACGUUGAACACCCCUGCCUGUUUGGUCGUGGUUCAAUACGUUUCAACGAUGAUCACUCACAUAAGAGACAGGCUCGACGAGAAGAACGUCGAAAAUGUUCUUACAGAAUUGGGAGUCAGAUUUCACAGGGUGAUUUACGAGCACUUGCAGCAGUUCCAGUUCAACUCCGCCGGUGCGAUGUGCGCCAUUUGUGACAUGAAUGCUUACAGAGAGUGCGCUAAAAGUCUUAAAGUCGGUCUAGUCACGAACCUCUUCGACACACUGCACGCUCUCUGCAAUUUGCUCCUCGUCAAGCCUGAGAAUUUGAAGCAGGUCUGCACUGGGGAUCAGUUGGCCAUGCUCGACAGGUCUAUACUGAUAAAUUUUAUACAGCUCAGGACAGACUACAAGACUCAGAAAUUGGCAAACUGUUUGAAAGGCCUUGCUGCCUAGAUGGUGGAAUUUAACAGACUGAUCAUCUCUACCACGGUUUUAAGAGGAACACGAAAACAAUCGAGGUAUAACGAUAAUAUUCUGUAAAUAAUAAUCGUAAUAUUUAAUAUAAAU